AUGAUUUGGCCGCUGUAUUUUAUCAUUGGGGCGCUGUCCGCCUUCUGGUUGGUAUGGCGAUACCAGAAUCGACGGAUGAUAGCAAUGGCCAGCAAGAUAGUAGGUCCCCCUGCGAUCCCACUGUUGGGGAAUGCACUGUUGUUCAUGGGCCAGCCUGAACAAUUCGUAAAGUUGUUACGAGAUCUAACGACAAAGUAUGGAAGUGUGUUUAAGCUUUGGCUUGGACCUGACUUGAACAUCGUAGUGAGUGAUCCCGAUGACCUCAAGGUAUUACUCGCAACCCCAAAGACGAAUUCAAAAGGUCCACAAUAUAAGUACAUGGCUGAUUUACUUGGAGGAGGGAUAUUGAGUGGAUCCGGUCCAACAUGGCGGAAACACAGAAAAAUUGCUACACCAAACUACGGGAAGCGAGCCAUAGAGACCUACAGCGAAGUGUUUAAUAAAGAAGUAAACAUUCUCAUGGAAAAGUUGAGGAUAAAGAACAGUGAACCGUUUGAUAUCUACUACGAUAUAGUGAGAUGUACCAGCUUCACUGUCUGUCAAACCUUAAUGGGACUAACAAGAGAAGAAGCUACAACCUUACCGCACUUAGAAGAAAUUAUAGACAAAACUCAAUGCGAAUACGACGUGAUAUUUCAAAGGAUGACCAAAUGGUACCUACAAAUAGACCCAGUGUUCUGGGCAUCUAAACAGCAUUCGGAACAAAAACGAUUCAUGAGUAUCAUGGAGGAAUUCUCUGAGAAAAUUUUACAGCAUAGACUGGAAAAAUUAAAGAAUUUAGAUGACAGUAAGAGAGAUCUGAUGAAUUCAGAAGACGAUGCUGUUAUUAAUACUCAAUUAAGCGUCAUAGAUCGGUUUAUCUUGUCUCAAGAACUGGAUCAGGAUGAACUGGUGAAAGAGACUUUUACUAUUUUUACGUCCAGCCAAGAAGCAUCCGCAAAGAUAUCCUCAUUCCUCCUCCUCAUGAUGGCUUACCAUCCAGAAUGUCAGGCAAAGCUAUAUGACGAGAUCAAAACGGUAAUCGGUAAUGAUGAUAGAUGUCUAACUGAUAAAGAUUUGAAGAAGAUGCCGUAUUUAGAAAUGGUGUUCAAAGAAGUCCUUCGAUUGUUUCCCAUUGGAGCCAUCCUGCAGAGGACAGUUAAUGAAGAUAUUGAAAUCAGUUCUUGCACCCUCCCGGCUGGUUCAUCACUGGUGGCUCCAAUAUACCACUUGCAUCGUGACCCUCGAUUUUGGACGAAACCAGAAUACUUUGACCCCGAGCGUUUCAAUCCUGAGAAUACGAAUAAUCGGAAUCCUAACGCUUAUGUACCCUUCAGUUUGGGGCCUAUGGAUUGUUUGGGUCGAUUCUUUGGAACGAAGUUGGUCAAGACAAUAUGUGUGAGGGUACUGAGAGAGUUUGAGCUGACGUCACCGGAAACAUAUGAUGAUCUUCGAGUUUUCAUUUCUGUAUCCGUGGUAUCUCGAAACGGCUUCCCAGUUAGUUUGCAUCGUAGAAAAAAAUGACAAAUCUAGUAGUAGUACCAUAAUAAAUAGAAUAGAAUUAUAUUUUUUGGGUCAUAUGGCACGGAAAGAGUAGCGCCCGAGAGCAUCUUUAUGUUACUUUUAUUUUAAAUAUUAUCUGUGUGAGAAUUUUUUUUACAGUCAUUCGAAUUCUAAAUUGGGGAACACAACGCGAGGCUGGACGACCCUUCUAUUGACUCGCGACGCUUUGCUCAGUCACUGCUCUAACAGCCGUUGCCCAAAUCUCUUUCAGUGAGGAUUGAUCUUAAUGGGUUAGAAAGCAAACUUUAUGGAUAUUCACGGGUUGUUUUUAAUAUACUAUUUAUGAAACAA